CAGAGCUCCCUCCCUGUUCGGCAGCCAUAACCAGAAGCUCCCGAAGCUAAACGCGUGCCUCCGCCAUCUCCAUUCGCGCCCGCCGCAAGCUCUGUCGGAGCGAAGAUGAAGGUUGUCGCCGCGUAUUUGCUGGCCGUCUUGGGAGGCAACACCUGCCCCUCCGCCGACGACUUGAAGGACAUUCUAGGAUCAGUUGGAGCUGAGGCUGAUGACGAUAGAAUAGAGUUGCUCUUGUCCGAAGUCAAGGGAAAGGACAUCACUGAGCUGAUUGCUGCCGGAAGGGAAAGGCUGGCCUCUGUGCCCUCUGGAGGCGGUGGUGCCGUGGCCGUUGCUGCAGCCCCAGGAGGUGGUGCCGCUGCUGGAGGCGCUGCCCCAGCUGCUGAGGCAAAGAAGGAGGAGAAAGUCGAGGAGAAGGAAGAGUCUGACGACGAUAUGGGCUUCAGUCUCUUUGAUUAAGAAUGCAGAUGGCGAUUUUUGCUUACAAAUGUGCGUGUCGUGGAUAUAGGCGCAAACAUGCGGUCUCUGUAGUCCAUAGUUAGAAGUUCUUGUUUUUUCUUCUUCUGUUUGCUGCUGGACCCCCUUGAAAUUUUUGUUUACUCUAAAUGAGAUGUUUUCGGGACCUGGGAUGGAAUUUUUUCCCUGAAAUUCGUCCAUUUUGGAUACUUUCUUGAUUAUAAUUGACUGCUCAUCCAGUUUCGAUUCUUA